AUGGCACGAGAUUUCUCUACACCACUUGGUACUGUUCCUACUUCCAUACAAUUCAGGGGAGGUUACCAGGCGCUUCGUGGAGGCCAACAGAGGAAUGUGGCUCUAGCGAGGAUGUAUGCAUUGACGCCUGGUGAUGCCGAGAUGGUAGGCAAUGUCGUGAAAAGUGCCACACACUCUUUUGUGUCUGCUACCUAUAUUAAAUUGUCUGGAAAUGAGACCCAAUUGUUUGGGGUAGAGUUGGCAGUAGCUACACCAACUAGAUUAGUGGUGAAAUGUCAUAGGGUGCUCAAGGGUUAUUUGAUAGAAAUCCAGGGUAGAGUGUUAUCAUAUGAUCUUGUUGUGCUUGAUAUGCAUGGCUUCGAUAUAAUACUGGGUAUGGAUUGGCUAGAGGCGAACUAUGCUAACAUUGAUUGUUAUCGGAAGGAGGUGAUUUUUAGACCACCCAGCAAGCCAGAAUUCAAUUUUGUGGGGUCGCAGGUGAGUUCCCCGCCUCAGCUGGUGUCAGUCAUGCAGGCGAGAAGACUACUCCUAGAUGGGUGUCAGGGGUUUAUGGCUUUCGUGAAAGAGAUGUCAGAGAAUGAGUUGAAGCUUAGCGACACACCAGUGGUUAAAGAAUUCUUAGAUGUUUUUCUAGAAGAAUUGUCAGGGUUACCUCCUGACCGUGAGGUAGAUUUCCCUAUUGAUCUACUUCUGGGGAUGACAUCAAUCUCUAAAGCUCCGUACAGAAUGCCUCUAGUAGAAUUGGGAGAGCUGAAGAAUUAG